AUGUCCUAUCCAGGCCAGUACGGCUACGGCGCCCAGCCUGACACCGAUUUAGAGCCUCACGGCCAGGGCUACGGCCAGCAGUACCCGCCUCCUCAACAGGGAGGCUACAGCGGAUCACCAUACCCCCCUCAAGGAGGCCAGUAUCCUCCUCCUCAAGGUCCUCCACCCGGCCAAUAUGGUGCACCUCCUCAACAGGGCGGGUACUAUCAACAACCUCCUCAGGGCCAGUAUCCCCCGCAAGGCGGACACUACCCCCCUCCCCAAGGUCCUCCGCCGGGCCAGUACCCGCCCCAGGGCGGCGCAAACGGCGCACCUCCCCCGAUUCCUCCUUCGCCCUAUGGCGGACACUCCCCCGCGCCCGGAGGCUACGGCGCACCACCAAAUCAGUCAUAUGGCGCUCCCCCGCCUCAGCACUACGGACCCCCGACCCCCGCGUCUAUGGGAUACGGCGCUCCGCAGAUUAUCCAGUGGGAUGCCACACCUGACGCGACAACAGCGCGCAACGCAAUGAAGGGCUUUGGCACAGACGAGAAGACUCUCAUUCGCUGUCUGGCUACCAAGGACCCUCUGCAGAUCGAUGCCAUCAGAACGGCGUUCAACAGGAACUUCAGACGCGAUCUCGAGCAGGAUAUUAAGAAGGAGACAAGCAGUUGGUUCCAAAACGGCCUGGUGUCUGUCGCCCGCGGCCCUCUCCGCUCCGACAUCUACAACCUAUACGAGGCAAUGGAUGGAGCCGGCACAAAGGAGAGCGUCCUCAACGACGUUCUCCUUGGCCGGUCAAAUGCGGAUAUGCAGGCGAUCAAGAGCGCAUACCAGCAAACCUUCAAGAGGCGCCUGGAGGACGACGUCAAGGGCGAUCUCAGCAUGAAGACAGAGAGGCAUUUCCUCAUCGUCCUCGGUGCCAACAGGGCAGAAGACUCGGCGCCUGUUGUGCCGCAGCAAGUCGACUCGGAUGUCAUGGAGUUGUACAAGGCCACUGAGGGCAAGGUUGGCACGGAUGAGAUGCUUGUUUGCAGCAUCCUGAGCACCCGCAACGACAACCAAAUCCGCGCCAUUAACCAGGCCUAUGAGCAAAACUUUAGGAGGAAGCUUGAGGAAGUUAUCAAGAAGGAAUUCUCUGGACACAUGGAGGACGCCCUUCUCUUCCAGCUCCGCAAUGCUGUUGACAAGUACAUGCACGCCGCCAAGCUCCUGGAGGACUCGAUGGCCGGGCUCGGCACCAAGGAUCACCUCCUCGUCGCGCGCGUGGUGCGUUUCCACUGGGACAAGAAUAUGCUCGCCAACGUCAAGGGCGCGUACCAGGCAAGGUACAACCGCAGUUUGGCGAGCAGGAUCAGGGGCGAGACGAGCGGCGAUUAUCAGAGGCUGAUGUUGGCGUGUAUCGGCGAGAACAUUUGA